AUGCCAAAGACAAAGAAGUCCCAUAGACCUAGAAGGAGUAAUCCGAUAGAAGUUUCAAAAGCAAUAAACACAGGCUCUUCAGCCAAACUUAAAAAGAAAAUUAGAGACAUUGAAAGACUUCUAAACAAGAAUGACAAGUUACCAGCAGACAAGAAAAUCGAAUAUGAGAGAGCACUUAAAGGUCUCAACGUGGAGCUACAAAACUCUCAAAACGUUCUAAAGGCAAAGAAUAAUGCUACUAAAUACCACAUGGUUCGAUUUUUUGAAAAGAAGAAAGCGGUACGGAAAUUGAAGCAAUUGCGUAAAGUAUAUGAAGAAGUGCAAAAGACUGAAGUACGAAAAGAUAUUAAAAAGGCAAGAAAACAGUUGAAACAUGGGGAAAUAGAUUUGAUGUAUGUUAUGCUUUUCCCAAAAUCAGAAAAAUACAUAUCAUUGUACCCUAGUGCUAAUGAUGAAGAUUUAUCCGAUCCUAAUGUCAAGAUAGGAUUACGCAAAACAGAAGCAAGAAGAUUGGAGUUUAGAAAAGAGGUUGAAAAAAUGAUGGAGGAAGGCAAGGUACCGUUUACAGUGGAUGAUAUAAUGAGUGGUAAGAAUAUCAAGAGUCAUGCUGCUACAGCUAGGGUUGCACCUUCUGAAGAAAUCGAUGCACCAGAGCAGAAAGAUUCCGAUUCACAAGAAGAUGACUUCUUUGAAUGA